UCCUCUCUGCACCAGUCUUUCCAGUAUGAGCCAGAUGGAGCCUGUGUCUUCGCUAAACCACAGCGUCCUACCUGGUGUAAAUGGCCAUUUUCACUGUGACUAUGAAGGCAACGUCAUACCUGAGCAUCAAGCACAUUACAUCAAUACAUGUAGGAAGAAAAAUAAACAUCGCCUCAAUGACCAGCUUAUACCGAAACCAACUGAUAUAAAUAUGGCGGAGGAAAUGACAAAAAUUGCAAGUACAAAGGAACAUCCCUAUGCAUCCCACAUCUCCCAGUUUGCAAUGUUCCCAUCCUUCCACUCUUCAUAUGGCACAGAGACCAACCAUCUCACCCCAAAUUGUGCACCAGACAUCACACUAAAGAGCAAAACCUUUGGAGGUCCAUAUAGACAUGAAAUCUUGGCAUUACCAAUGAAAAGCAGAAAGAAGGCUGCUGGAAAACAUGGCUUCUUGGAUCCACUGAAGGGAGAAAAAGCCGUGUUCUGCCCCACUCCUCCAAACAAAGUGCUGCCCAAACCUAAACCUCGGCUCUGGGAUUUUUCUCAUGCAGCAACAUGUCAAAAAAAUAUGGAGAGGACACAGUGGGUCACCUCUUACCAAACGCACUUCACAGAAUGUGGACGAGCAAAUCCUCUGAUAAUAGAUGACUUCAAGGAAAAAAUGAAUGGCUCCACUGGGAGACAAAAAUCUCAUCCUUUGUUUGUUCCCUCUAAACCAAACCAAGCAUGUAGAAGAAGAGAGGGGAGCUCUGUGAGCAGCACCUGCAGUGCCACUGCUGCUGGAUUCCUAAAUCCAUCUUUAGCUCUGAAGAAAGACACAGCUACAGCAACUCGAAAGCAACAGAGGCCACAGGAGAUCACAGCUCAGCAUAAUGAGGAGGCGGAUUUAAAUCCAAAGGGCCACAGUCAGUCAGGGAACAGCAUUGGCUCCACAGAAGCACAGACAGCUGAGCUGUCUCACAAGGACUCACGUAAACUGCAAGCUGAGCACACACUCAAAAACUCCACAAUUUGGUUUGAUAAAAGUCCCGUGCAAGUAUUUACGUCACAGAACAACCAAGAGGGAAACACUGCAGACACCGAGAGGCUGGAGUUUUACAGCCGCCCACUUCCCGACAGAGAUUUGAGCAGUCUGACUGAACUCUGUGGUGAACCAUGCAUCAAGAAGCCAGAAUUUGAAGUUGAAAGAAAUGUGUCAAGCCACAGUCAACUGCCAUGGCCUGCAGGCCUGCCUGGCAUUCGCCCAGAGGACAGAACUGGGACUGUGGGUGGAAUAAAUGCAGCUCAAAGUCUCCUGGAGCUUCAGAAUUCCUUCAGUAAGUCGUCAGCCCAUCACAGAUUUAACAACUCUAUCACAUAUGCUGAUGUGAACCUGAGAGACAAUGUUGUCACAGGGAGAAAACACAACUUUUAUGGGAUCAACUCUUGCUACCUCCAUGGAUAAUCUCAGCAAUCUAUGGGAAAAAAACAACAUUAUUAUUAUUUUAAAUAUUUGCAUGAAACCACUACAUAGACAACUUGACAUGUGACACUUAACAGCACUGAAUUUCAUCCAAAUUUAAGUUUAAUUCCUCAGUUUUACACAGUGUGGAGACUUUUCAAUUUGCAAUAUACGUUUGCAUUACCUUAAAAAAAGCAUAAAACCCGUA